CUACAUGUAUGCACAUAGAACGAAGGAUGUGCUUAAAAUAGAACACAGAUAAACGCCUCCGAUACUGACUUUUCAUUGAUAUCAAGGUUAGGUUUAACUGGUACACAAACUUUUUCAUAAAAGUAAUACUUGAUUCCGUUACUUAAAGGAUACCUUACUAGGGAGUUCCGGUAUUAAAACCAAAAUAUGCCAAUUAAGAACAUCGACGACGGUUCCGGUGAGACGUUGCGCGUGCUAGAAGUUGACGGAUACCUUACAGGGACGUUUGAUACGGUUUUCCAGAAUGGACAAGAGGAAGAAUUCAGAAGGAUUCCAAACUGGCAAGUCAAGCCAGACGACGUAUUUAUUUGUGCCUACCCAAAAGCAGGUACCCACUGGCUAUGGGAAGUGUCGUCCAUGUUGAUAAACCAGUCCGCCGACAGAGUUAAAUUGAUUAAAGAGACUGCUAUGCUAGAGGCUCUAACUGAGGAGCAAUUCAGGAACAUCCCGUCUCCCCGGGUCCUCAACACGCACAUACCCCUCCGUUUGAUGCCGAAAGACACUUUAUCCAACAAAACCAAGAUCGUGUUCGUCCAGAGGAACCCAAAGGACAUCUGCGUCUCAUUUUUUAAUCACCAUAGCAAAAUCGUCGAAUAUGAAUUCAACGGCAAAUUUGAGAACUACGUCAACCGGUUUCUGAAAGGACUAGUUGACUUUGGCUCGUGGUUCGAAUACACUCUUGAUUGGGAGAAAAUCAUUCGUGACAACCCCGGACAUCCGUUUCAUAUUAUGAGCUACGAAGACAUGAAAUCGGACCCAAUCUCCGAAAUAGGUCGCCUUAGUGUGUUUCUGGGGCUUAAAUCGUCCACGGAGCUGAUAGCGGAAAUUGCGGACAAAUGUGAUUUUAGUGCAAUGAAGAAGGAAAAGGACCCACUGGAAAAUACAAAGGGCUGGAAAGAUGCAAAGCCAGGGAUGUACCGGAAAGGUCAAGUCGGUGACUGGAAGAACUGGUUCACAGUCGCACAGAGCGAGUAUUUUGACACCGUGUUCAAUCAGAGAAUGAAAGACUCGUCAUUCACUUACAGAUUUUCUUAACCCUCUUUAACAGCUAAAAACAUAUUGUUUUGUUUCCGUUAAAAUCUACAAAAAUAGGAUUGGUAGGGCGGCUAAUCUUUCGUUUUCUUGACCUAAUUUUUUUAAUAACAGAUUUAUUAACCACUUGCCAAGGAUAUGCACUUGCGUGCAGAAAUUUUCAAUAUUGACAUUUAACUUUUUAUGUUAGUGACAUUUAAAUUUAUAGAACCAACAUUAUCGAAUGAAGGAAAAAAUAUCGAAUAGUUAAAAUGUGUGAAAAUUUCAUCCUGUAAUGAACAUUUUUAGUCGGGUCGGAUCCUUAAUUGCGCCGGUCGGGAUAGUGAAAACAAUCAUACUUUUAAAGCAUAUAUUAUAGUAUUAAGAGGCCAUUAUUAAAAAAGCAUGGUUGUAUGUCCUUCCAAGUCUUCCGCUUCGCUAUGGUGCUGGACUUUUCAUCCUGUAAUGAAAAUUAUUUGUCGGGUCGGGUCCUAAAUUGCGCCGGUCAGUUUUGUGGAAACAAUCAUACUUUUAAAGCAUAUAUUAUAGUAUUAAGAGGCCAUUAUUAAAAAAACACAUAGCUGUAUGUCCUUCCAAGUCUUCCGCUUCGCUAUGGUGCUAAUUACUAAGUAUAGAAGUAUUUUUCGAAGUCAUUAUCUUUUAACAUAUGUAUAUGUACAGUUGCUGGCUGUAUUGACUGUUUGUGAUGUCAUGUCAAUGAAUCUAUGAAUAAGCUGAUUAACAUUUGAGAGAACCGACUUCUGUUCUUAUAUAAAUCACACAUGUACUCAGGAACGCUCUACUAACCAGACAGUGGCACAGGCAUUACUUCGAACCAUUAUUACUUAUGUAAAUGUGCUUGUUUAAAAGUAGCAUUACUCAAGGUGUAAAUAGCAAUUAAUCUGCACUUAGGAGAGGUAUUAUUCUUCCAUUUUUAGAAACAACGAGUACGUAAUAGUAUUUGUUUAUAAUUACAAUAAACUGGCUUUGCCAUAUUGUUUAACGUUUACUCGUCUUUCUGAAGGGAGUUAUAGAAUAUAGUAUCUUAUUUUUGUUUGGCUUCGAUCGAAUGUGCCCAUUUUUUGUUGUUAUUAGUACAUCAAAUUUCCAUUUUUAUUGCAUACAUAAUUGGUAUAUAAUGUAACAUAACGCACAAUUUGAGCAGUAUUUGGUUUAUAUAAUAAUCGAACGUUAUGUUGUGUUAAUAAGCAGAAAUAAAACGUAAAGAAAUCAGAAA